AUGAACUGUCGCUCGGAGGUGCUGGAGGUGUCGGUUGAGGGGCGGCAGGUGGAGGAGGCCAUGCUGGCCGUGCUGCAUACAGUGCUCCUCCACCGCAGCACCGGCAAGUUCCACUACAAGAAGGAGGGCACCUACUCCAUCGGCACCGUGGGCACCCAGGACGUGGACUGCGACUUCAUCGACUUCACCUACGUGCGCGUCUCCUCCGAGGAGCUGGACCGCGCUCUGCGCAAGGUCGUCGGGGAGUUCAGGGAUGCUCUGCGCAACUCCGGGGGCGAUGGGCUGGGGCAGAUGUCCCUGGAGUUCUACCAGAAGAAGAAGUCGCGCUGGCCUUUCUCCGAUGAGUGCAUCCCCUGGGAGGUAUGGACAGUCAAGGUGCAUGUGGUGGCCCUGGCCACAGAGCAGGAGCGGCAGAUAUGCCGGGAGAAGGUAGGGGAGAAGCUCUGCGAGAAGAUCAUCAAUAUUGUGGAGGUGAUGAACCGGCAUGAGUACCUGCCCAAGAUGCCCACGCAGUCAGAGGUGGACAACGUGUUCGACACGGGCUUGCGGGACGUGCAGCCCUACCUCUAUAAGAUUUCCUUCCAGAUCACCGACGCCCUGGGCUCCUCCGUCACCACCACCAUGCGCAGGCUCAUCAAAGACACCCUGGCCCUCUAG